AUAACUAUUCCCAGAAAUUUCCAAGCUAAGUCACAGAAAGACAAACUCAAGUUCGUCGAAAAAGCAAGAAAUGAAAAGACUGAAAUUGGUGUGAGUUGGCCUAGUGAAGGUUGUGAAUUGUCAAGUCGACCAAAAAGAGGCAUCAGUACAUAUAAAGAGAAUGAUAGCACGACAACUCUGAAAGCAAUCAUUCUUAACUUCAGUGAUGAUAAGGAAGUCAUUGAGGAUGUACAAACUCAAUUAAUCAACAAGAAAAAGCCACGAGCUAAGCCAGCUGCGACAAAUUCUUAUAGGUCUAAUGCAGGCAAGUCCCAAGCUGAGACACCAAAAGUUUUAUCGAGCAAAGAUAUUAAUGUUGCCUCAAAAACCAGUGUCCAAGAACAUUUGCCUGACAACAAUGCAACAAAUCAGAGUAAAACUUGUUGGUGUUCAACUAACACACUUUGAGUAAACUGUAGCAAAAGGAAUCUGUGUAUUACUCUCAAGAGUACCAUACGCCACACCGUCUUGUCUACGUACAAGAAAAUUCUGGAUUACCCCUUCUCUCCCUGUGCAGCGUUGCCGCUCUUCCCAGUUUGUUGCCUUGUUAUAUUCAACCAUAUUCAACACCUCCCCUCAAACUGAGGAAACACAGGACAUGAAGACAAUACAAUGACAUCAAUACAAAGUAUGCUGGAAAAGAUA